AUGUCCACCAUAAUUUUAAGAGGGCCGUCAUGGACACUUCAACUAGGGAGGAGGGACUCCACCAUGGCUAGCGUGACACUGGCCAACAAUGACCUGCCUCCGCCGUCCUUGGACGUCGCUGGCCUCAGCAGCAGAUUCGCCACCAAGGGGUUCAGCUUGACCGAUAUGGUCGUCCUCUCUGGGGCACACACGGUUGGGAGGGUGCAGUGCAAGAACUUCAGGAACAUGCUCUACAACGAGGCCAACAUCGACCCGGACUAUGCGACGAAACUCAAGGCCAACUGUCCCCAGCCAACCGGCUCUGGCGACAGGAACUUGGCCCAGCUGGAUGACACGACGACAACCAUGAACGCGGACUCGUUCGACAACAACUACUUCCUGAACCUCCAGCUCAACAAGGGGCUCCUGCACUCCGACCAGGUGCUCUCCACCAUUUGCGCCGGUGGUGCCACUGAGAACAUCGUCGACAGCUUCGCGGCUAACCCGGAGACGUUCAGGAACGCCUUCGCCUCGGCCAUGGUGAAGAUGGGGAACCUCAGCCCAUUGACUGGCUCCCAGGGAAUGGUCAGGCGCACCCGCUCCAGCGGAUGCAGAUUUUUAGAGCUUGGGCUCAUGGACACCUCCUAUUCUUACCCUUUAAUAUAG